CUUCAUGAUGUUCCUGAUUUCAAGGAUAUUGGCUGGAUCCGGAUCAACAUGGAAUCAAUCAAGCAGACAGUCGAUAUAAUGUAUAAUAAGAAGAUGUUAACAUUAACAAGAUCUCUGUCUCAACAAGUUACUUGUGCCCUUAAAGAAGUUGAUGAAGAUGUGAAAAGAUUUGAAGAUGAGAUUGAAGAAAUAUAUGUUAGUGAGAAAAAUAUGAUUUCUUUCACUAGGUUUAUAAAGCUUUCUAAUCAGCUUUCCUUAACUCAAUCCAAGAUGCAUGGAGACUUUGGUAUAGUAAAGAAAACUAUGGAAAUCCUUGGAAACUAUGAACAACAGCUUCCACCAGAAUCUAUUUCCUUAUAUGAAAAUAUCCCACUAAGAUGGAACAAUAUUAAAUCAAAGGUUUCCCAGGCCAAGCAGAACCUAGAACCAAUAAUUCUUGGAGAAUCAUUAAAUAUAAAAGAGAAACUUCAUAGUUUCAACAGAGAACUUACCAAACUCCAGUUUGAUAUGGAAGAGUUUUACAAGACUAGAAAAGUCAAACAAUUUGAAAUUGACCAAGGUUUUGUUUUAAUUGAAGAGUUCACUUCAAGACUUGCUACAUUAGAAGAGGAAUCCCAGGAUCUCAGUGAAAUAGAAAACAUACUUCAAUUGUCCGUAUUGAAUUAUGAAGAUCUAAAGAUUUGUAAAAAGGCUUUAACUAAUAUGAAAACCACAUGGACAGUUUUCAGAUACAUUGGAAGUAACCAUGAACAGUGGCAAACAGUCCAGUGGAAUAAAGUUGAUAUUCAGCAGGUUGCUGAAGAGAUUAGUAAAGAAAUAGAAUCUUUAAACUCUUUACCUGAUGACAUGAAAUUUUUUGAUAUCUACAGAGAAAUACUUGAGGAAGUUGAAUUAUUUCAGGUUUGUUUGGGGAUAGUGAGAGGCCUGCUCAAUUCUAGUUUGCGCCCUCACCAUUGGAGACAGCUGCUAAAAAUUGUCAAUACAGAUAUAGACUUGGAUUCAUUCAAUAAAAUUACACUCAACCAGUUCUUCAGCCUUAAGUUCCAAGAGCACAUCGAUGAUGUACAGCAAGUUGUCAAAUGUGCAGAGAAAGAAGUUUCUAUAGAAAAGUCCUUACAGAAGUGUGAAGAAAUGUGGAUUAACCAGAUCUUCAUCUUAAAGUUACAUCAUUUACCAAAAACAGAACAUUCCAAAGAACAAUUAGAUUUGUCAAGUGAUUGUGCCAUGGCAGCUGCAGAGAACACAGCUACCCCUGAUUACACAGAAACUCCUUUCACCAGCAGAGCUAAUUCUUGUCAUAGUAUAUCUUCUUUAUCAGUUUCAAGAAUGAAUUUUCAAGAUGCUGAGACAGCAAAUACUGUUCUGAUGUUGGCCAAUAUAGACACAUUACUCAAGGAUUUAACAGAUCACCAACAAAUCUUGUCUAUGUUCAUGCAGAAUGAGAAUAUUUCAUCAUUACAUGAUGUAAUAAAUAAAUGGUACAGCCAGCUUCUUAGAAUGGAAACUAUAUUGGUUUUAUGGCAGAAAGUACAAGAUUAUAUGGAUCAGCUAGUUGAGGCAUUUUCCAAUUAUGAUGUGCAGCAGCUGUUACCAGUUGAAACAAAAACAUUUAGAAAGGCUCACCUGAAAUAUUGUUGUUUGAUGAAGUCUAUUGAAAAAGCUCCAAAUGUUAUGCAGAACUGCAGUAAAAAGUGGAUCCAACCAUUUUUGGAAAGUGUCUUAUACACAUUUGAGAAAUGUCAUAAAGCUCUCUUUCGCCAAAUUGAUCACUUCCAACAAUUAUGUCCACGGUUUUACUUUCUUUCUUCGGUUGAAGUUCUUCAACUUUUAUGCUAUGCCAACAACCUCACUGUCUUAACUAUGUAUUUAAAGAAGAUUCUAUCAAAUAUUGAAGACCUUCAAUUUAUAGAGGCAAAAGAUGAAAAGAAGACUUGUUACAUUGGAGGAGUUUUGAGUGAAAACUAUGAUUACAUGCAGCUUCACAAGCCAGUUGCAUGUGAUGGGUUUGUAUAUCAAUGGUUAGAGUUUUUGCUGAUGUCACUGGAGAAAUCUUUGUAUCAUCAUUUAACUACAGCUGUCAGUCACAAAAACGUUAGUGAAACACCAAAUCCCAGCAAUCAAUAUGACACACAAAAAAUUGAGGAAGAACCAGCCUAUUACGAUGUUUAUAAUCCCCCAAAAGCUGGUUAUUUGUGCAGUUCUGAUGUAACAAACUUGACAGAAAUUUAUCAAGAGCUUUCUUGGAUCAUUAAGAUGCCACCUCAGCUGGUUUCACUCAUUGCCAAACUGAAUUUUUAUAAACAGAUGGAUGGAAUAUUGAAAGAUACUUUAACAUCACAAGAAGCUUUGAAGAAUUAUGCUUCAGAAAUAAAUACAAUGAUUGAUCGAGUGUCCAAACUGCUCAGAAUUCUGGAAAAGGAGAAAGUGAUGUGUAGAAAAUCAGGAACAGAAUCAGUUGUUGAGUCAAAAGAAGUCUUUAGCCAGUCAUUAAUUCAAGGAAUGCACCCUCACAUCUACAGUCAACAGAUAACAAAACUUCGGUGUCUUCUUUUGUGCCAGUGCUAUUUUAAAGAUAUUCUUGUACAGAUGUCGGAAUCUUUGGUGGAACCACAGCAAAACUUCUAUUGGAAAGUCCAACUUAACUAUAUUUUAAACAGUGAAGGAAAAUCAGUUGAAAUUAAAAACAUGUACUCAAGUUUCAAGUACGGCUUUGAAUACUUAGGAGUCAUGGGCAGAGAGAUGAUAUUCCCAGUGACACAGAGGAGUUUGGUACAUUUAUUGAGGAUCAUCACAUCAUUUAAUGCAGGCCUCUGCAUUGGCUCCCAAAAUGGUCAAAAUAAAGAGACUGCCAAAGAUCUUAGUUACUGUCUCGGAAAGGCUAUGUAUUUUGUGAAUUGCUCUUCAAAUAUUACAACUGAUAUUCUUCAUGAUGUCUUGAAAGGAACGAUAUUAACAGGGUGUUGGUUAUGUUUGACAGAAAUUAACCGUCUAUUGCCUUCCCAGUUGGCACAACUUGUCAGAGAAACUGCAAAGAUAAUGGAUGCAUACAAAAGUGGACAAUUAAUGGUGACACAUGGAGAUAAUGAAAUGAAACUGAUACCUGGAGGAGCAAUAAUUGCUACAUUGUGUUCUACCCAAGAGAAUAAACCAUAUGACCCAACUAAGCUACCAGUCUACCCAUCAGUAACAGCUUUUCUUCCUCCUGAGGUCAUUAAACAUUUUAGACCAGUGGCAUGUCUUCGACCUUCUUUUCAAAGUAUAUUGGAAUCAUUACUCUAUGUUAAUGGAUUUAGUCAGACUAGGAAUCUCUCCAUUAAAGUUGAACAAUUCUUUUCAAAUAUUGCGAAAAUGUCAGCUGCUUGUGAUAAAACCAUGUCUUCAUCAUCUGAUGUGCCAGAAAUCUCAUGUGAUGAUCAAUUUCUUGGAUGGAAUCUGAAAGGAGUAAGUGCAGUGGUGGAAGGAGCAGCAGAAAAGUUUGUGGCUGAGAACCUUUGUAAGACAUCAGAUUCUAUGGAAGAAUCACUGCAGAAAACAGAAGAGAAGGUUCUAAUGCAAGCAUGCAUUCGUUAUCUUUCACCAAGACUUGAAACUCAACUUAUUCCUUUUAUGAAGAAACUUGCACAUCAUAUAUGGCCAAAGAGCUGUGAAUAUUGGUCUGAAUUAUUUGGAAUUGAUGUUAACUCUUCUCAAGAUUCAAGUGAAAAGGCUUCAUCUGAUAUCUGCAGAGAUGUGGACUCAUUAGCACAUAAUUUGUAUACUUUGAUAAAAGAUGCAACAUCACAGCUGAAAUUGCAGGCAUCUGAUAUAUUUUGCACACAAGUCUCAAAUCUUUGUCAGUUGACACAAUUUCACUCAAUGGUUCUAAUCAUUGGUCCUGCUGGAUGUGGUAAAAGCUGUUGUAUUGAGACCUUUCUGGCUACCAAGAACAACUAUGGUCAAUCAGUGUCUGUUAAUGAUGUGUUCCUCAAAUCACAGAACUCAGAAGAACUUUUUGGUUAUGUGGAUCCUGAGACAAAGUUAUGGACUUGUGGUUUACUUCCAACUCUUCUUGGGAAAGUUUGUAGGGAAACACAAAUGAAGAACUUGACUUUUGAUGAUAAUUCUGAAUAUUUUAAAAACAUUCAUUUAUUCAAAUUUGAUGGAAUGGCUGAUGAAGCUCAAAUGCAAACUUUGCAGACAUUCAUUGAUGGAAAUGGUACAGUGUUGCUGCCAAACUGUGAGAAAAUAUCCCUUACUAAGGAGUUUCUUUUCUUCUGGGAGCUUGAAAGUAUGGAAACUUUAAGUCCAGCAUUCUUAACCCAAGUUGGAAUUCUUCAAAUGAUGUCAGAAGAUGUCAGCUGGACAGCCUAUUGGCAUUACUGGCUGCAAAAUCAGUCUGACAAAUCUCAGCAAUUUUGGACAAAGUUAGCAGACAUAUAUCUUCCUAAACUAAUUGAAGCCACAAAAAAUUCUAUACAUUCAAAUGAAAUUAGUAAUGAUAUCAACAGACCAUUUUCUAAUUCCCGAUGCUUCAUUAAACAAGGUUUACCAAACAAGAUGCACACAUUGUGUGCACUUUUGAAUGCUCUACAGAAUGUUUCUGAACCAGUCAAUUAUGAUGAUUACAACAAUAUAUUCUGUCUGGCUGCAGUUUGGUCAUUUUCAGGAACUGUAUGUCCACAAUAUCACAGUGCUGUUGACCAGUGGUGGAGAGACACAUUCCCUGAUCAUUUACAAUUUCCACAGGAUGAAACAGUAUUUGAUUAUGGUCUUGAUGUAAAAAAUCACAGUUUUGUAAAAUGGACAGAACUCGAAGCUGAUUCCCUCAUCUCUAAUAAGAAAAGAACAGAUUUCACUUAUUCCAAGAAAACAUUGCAAUUACUUUUCCUGUCAAGCAUUGUUGCUUUGAAUAAUCAUCCAGUGUUGCUGGCAGGACCAAGUGGAUCUGGAAAAACUAGAAUUAUUAAAGCGCUACUCAAAACUGGAGACUCUAUAGAGAUUUCAGGGAUGGAAUCAUUACAGAUUCAUGCAAACAAGUUGACCACACCACAGUUUCUGAAAGACAAGUUAAACAACAUCACUGGAUUAAAAGCUAAAGGCAUUUACAGGAAAUUGUGUUUUAUUGAUGAUUUAAACUGUGUUCAGACUGAUUCUUAUGGUCACCAACCUUGUUUAGAAUUAAUUCGGCAGCACUUGGAUAAAGGAGGUCAUUACAGGAGUCAAAGUUAUAAUUGGCAAAAAAUAACCAACAUCACAUACAUAGCAACUGUUAAUAGUAGUCAUUAUCCUGAAGUCAGUGCCCGACUGUUGCGACAUUUUGCCAUAUUUUCUUGUGGUUCACCAGAUUCAGAAGAACUUGCUAUGAUAUUUAGCAGACAUAUUGAUUGUCUAUUUCCUAUUGAGAAUUCUGCAGUUAAUGAAGAAUACCCCAGUACACAGAUGAAUGGCGCCAAAUUCUACACCUUUCUUCAGACCCUUGGAGCAUGUACCAUUGACAUUUACACCAAAUUGAAAUCAAUGUUUCUAUCAACCCCAGGAAGACAACACUAUAUUUUUAGUGUAAAUGGAUUGAAAUCUUUAUUUAGCAACCUCUGCUUAUCAAUUUCGUCUGCAAGUCAGUUUGAUAUUAUUCUUCGUCUCUGGUAUAAUGAGUGCUACUGGCAGUUUGGUCGCAAAAUGUCCACUUCUGUUGACUUUGAAAGAUAUCUGGAAACUGUGCACAACUCCAUCAGGAAAUACUUAACCCACGGAAUACAAUGUGAACUUCCGGUAAUAACUGAAGGUUUAGUCUUCAGUAAUCUCUUUGAAAGUGACAAUGGUAAAGUUGGAGCUGACAAGAAAUAUCAAAUUGUAAAUGACUAUUCCACUAUACAUCACUUAUUAUCCAAGACUGCUUCUGAGUAUAGUAAAUCUAACCAACCUCUGCAACUUCCACUUUACAAUGUAAAUCUUGAGCUGAUAUGUCGAGUUUCCAGAAUACUUUCCUGUUGUACUGCCAAGUGUCCAGCUCAUAUGACUGUUGUGACAGAAGGUCUUUCUGGCAGCUUUUAUGAUGUUUUGUAUUUAUCAGCCUUUCUCACUGACUGGACACCUUUACACCUUCAGAAGUGCUCAGCAAACAUGAAUUGUUUUCAACAAUCUCUCUUCUUGCGGAAUCAGCUGAUCAAUAUUUGUCAGCAGGCUGGAUUGAAGAACAAGAAAAUUUUCCUUUUAGUAAAAGACAAAGAUAUCUGCAAUGAAGAAAUUCUUGAAUUACUUUUGGAGUACAUUGUUAAUGGGAACCUGGAUUACUUAUUUUCUCAGGAACAGCAAGAUAAUAUUGCCAGUUCUCUGAAAAAUGAUACAAACCAGUCAGAUUUCAAGAAUUCCUCAUUGCCAAACAUGUGGCAGCAUUUUGUUAGAAACAUAGAAAGAAACCUGAAGGUUUGUUUAGUAUUUACCAACAGAAGUAAGGAUUACCAGAAGUGGUGCUGUAAAUUUUCAGCAUUGGUGAAAAAUACAAAUUUUAUUUGGUUAUCACACUGGGCAAGAAAGGAAUUGGUUGAAAAUGCUAUGUAUCAUGUUAAUGAACUGACUUGGCUCUCUACAAAGCAGCAAGAAAAUAUCUGCCAUUUGCUAGCUUCCAUGCACAGUUCCCUUCAACAAUUACUGGUACAGGUGAAAGAGGUGAAUUCAUUUACUUACUGCAGCAACACAACAUACCAAACUUUUGUACAGAAGUUUGUUGAUUUGGCUAUGAAACGGUAUCUCCUGGUUUCUUCUGACCAUUCCCAAUGUCUGUCACUUCAUCAUCAACUUAGUGAGGUGGAACAAGAAGUUUCCAGCAUCGAUCAACUGAGAGAACAUACAUCAAUGUUAAUAGAGCAAUGCCAAUUAAAUUCUAGAAUGUUGCUGCAACAAAUUGGUCAAAAUGGCACUAUUAUUAAACAACAGGAAAAUUUUGUGUGUUUACAGAAGAAGGCAAUAAAUAAAUUAAGGAAGUUACUGCCAGAAUUCCAAGUUGCUCACCAGAGAGCUGUCUUCAAAACUGUCCAGAUAGUUGUAGACACCAAGAAGCUAGUGGAAUCUCUAAAUAUUGAAGAACUUGGUCAGUUAAAAGUGAUGCCCAAACCUGUCCAGGAAAUUGUAGAUAUUUUUGCAGCAAUUAUAAUAAUUGUUAAAUCUUCCACAUCAGAACUAACAUGGUACAAAGGGGCCAAGCGACUAAUGGCUAACUUAGAAAGGUUCAUUGGGGAACUAAUGACAUUUGAUGAAUACACAGUGUCUUUGUCACAUCUAGAAAUAUUGCAGGAUUAUGUUAAGAAGGAAAACUUUAAUCCAGAAUAUAUUGAUAAAAUUUCGCCUGGAGAUUCAUCUUGUAGAAUUUUGUGUCAAUGGGUAAUUAAUGUUACAAACUAUAACACAACAAUGAUGAAGAAAGUGAAGCCACUGCAUGAGAAAGUCAAAGAAACUGUUUUAUUUAUUGCUGAAGCAGAGAAACAGUUGAAGACAUUCAAAGAUAAACUCAAGAAAUUACUGACCUGUAAAGCUAAGCUCACUCACAAUUUCCAAGAAGCUUCGCUAUCAGCUCAAAAACAUGAAAUUUCUUUACAGAACAUUGAUAAAUUCAUAUUGGAUUCCCCUAAAAUAAUGACUAUUCUGAAGGAUGAGAAAAACAAGCUGGAAAAUGCCAUCAAUGUAUUUGAGCACCGAGUUGAAGGGAUUACAGGAAUAACUGCAAUAGCAGCUGGUCUUACAAGUUACUUAGGACCACUUCAUCAUCGUUUACGCCAACUUGCACUGACAUUAAUAUGGAAAAACUUGCUAGUUAACAGUGGAAUCCAUCUCUUUUAUGAUAAAAUUGAUCAUUGCAAAGGCUACACCGUUGAAUGGUCAGUUGAGUCUGAAAAUAGUCAAACAUAUAAUGAGAAAAAUGAAAUGAAAUUGAAGCAUGAAAUUCCAGUUGGCACAAUACCUUACACCAUUCCAGAAGAGGAAGAGGAUGAAAUAGAAGAGGAAGAUCAAGAUGAAAAAUUUAGUGAUGAGAAUAUAAAUUCCAAGAGAAUAAAUGAAGAAACUGUGACAUUAUCAGAACCUGAUAUUCCUAAUGAAAAAUCAAUUCCAUCGGAAGUGUUUGGUAAUAGAAUGAGAAAUGCAUAUGUGGAUAUGAACCAGCAGUCACAGCAUCAUCAGCAUCAAUUACAACAGACAGGGGAUAUGCAAAAUAAACAAAAGCAAGAAUUUGGACAAUUAGAGAAUGGCAUCGCCACAGACAUGGCAACGUUUCUAUCACUCCAAAAACAAUGCAGCCCAGUUCAAGAUUUGAAACCCUGGCCAUCUUCAUGUAGCCUGACUGGUUACCAUCGUUAUUUAUAUUCUUUGAUUAAGGUUUUAGCAGGAGAACAGCAACUUAAUGAAUGGCUUAAGAUGGAUUUGAAUGUUCACAAUUUAGAGAAUGCAGCUAUUCUGUGGUCAUGCCAGAACAACUAUCUGUUUCUGGUGGACCCUCAUUGUUUUGGUCAACAACAGUUUGAGUGGCAGAAUAAACAGAAGAACAAAACCAAUAUUGAUAAGUUAGACUUAAAUCAAAAUUGGGUGGAUGAGCUCAGUGAACGCUUCUUGAGGAACAUGGAAAUUGGUAAAAGUACGCUGCUUUACAAUUAUUCAGACCAACUUCAACUUAAUGAUACAAUUGAAUGCAUCCUUUCUCUUCAGAACAUGCCUGAUAGUGAUUUUGUUUUGAAAGGAAAGUUCUUAGAUGCUGGCUGCUUCUCAUUGAGCUCUAAAUUCAGAUUAUGUAUAACAUCAACCUCUGCAGAUAUCAGUCUACCUUUGGAUUCUGGACUUCAUUUUACUAUCGUGAACUAUGGAUCCUGUCGAAAUAUGCUUACUGAAGAUCUUAAGAACCAUAUAUUCCAAAUCUUGUAUCCAGGACUCUACAAAGACUAUACCAUGGCUGUAGAAAGCUUGCAAACACAUAAAUGCUCUUCUAUCAGUCAUUAUAAUUUCAUCAGUGCCAUGUCAAGACUAACACCAAAACUAUCUUCAGAAUAUUUUCAGAAGUGGCUUCAGUGGAACCAUUAUAGGAAUCAGGAAAUAAAAAGUCAUAAUUCUCUUGUAUCAGCAAUUGAAGAAUUAGAGCAAAAGAAAUGUGAAAUAGAAGAAAUGGCUCAGCAGGCAGCCCUGUUAUAUUCGCUUGUGUAUUCUCUGAGGUUUAUAAAGGUCCACUAUAGUUUCCCUCUGUCUUGGUUCAUCAGCAUUCUGGACCAAUUACUGAUUGACAGUAAUUUCAUUGACAAAGAAGAGAAAGAAGUCCUGUCACCUGAGAGUUAUGAACAUAGUAAGAAAUCACCAGAUAAGAAAGCCACUAAUUUAAUAUCUGCAUUAGAUGAAAUGGAAUUUAUGCAAGAGUACCAGUUUCCAAACUUACCAAUUAUUCCUUCUCCAAGGGUUUAUCACCAGAGUCUUUCAGUGAAUGAAACCAAGAAAAUAAUUCAAUCAUUGAUGAAUAUCAUUAUAAAUACUAUGCAAAUGGGUCUUUACCAAGAAGACUGGCUCUUAUUUAAACUGUUGUUGUCUUUGACAAAAGAGAUGGAGAAUGCUGAUUCUGACACAUGGCAACAAUUAGCUUUAAUUGUUCAAGACAACCCAGGUGUUGGAAUUCAGCUGACAUUGGAAGACUUCCAAUCAAAUGAUAAACCUCCUGAUUGGCUGCCAGCUUCAGUUUGGGAAAAUGUAUUAACUCUUUCUGUACUAAAUGGACCCAUGGACAACUUUUGUAUCAAGCUGAUAACCAACCAAGAACUAUGGGAGGAUUGGUAUCAUUCUGAAUGUCCAGAGAUGGAAACAUUGCCAAUAAAUCUUUGUGAAGAAGACUAUGAAAGUGGUGAUUCUGAAGAAUUUCUUCGAUUGUUACUGAUAAGAAACCUCCGACCUGACCGUUUCCUCAAAGCAACUGAGUUAUAUUUAGAAAGGUGUGUUUCUUACACAGCAGUCCAGCUACAAUUUCAUGAUGUUUUGCAAGCAUCUCUACCAUUUAAAGCAAUCCUGCUCAGUUGCCCUGACAACUACAUUCAACAGACAGAUUAUCAGUUUGGUCAAAUGGUCCCAAUUGAAGACAAACUUUUACAACUUGCUGCAGAAACUGGUGUAGCAGUUAAAAAUCUAGAAAUGCACAGCCUAGUGUAUGGUGACAUACAGGAAAUAUUUGAAGAUUUGGUACCAUAUUGGCUUAUAAUUGAUGUUAGAAAUGAUUGUUCCAAAGACUGCCUUGAAAAACUUGAAUGCUGUCUUGAUGAAAUACCUUUCCGACAGUCAUUUCAGAAGGAAAACAUCCUCAAGUCCUCAUUAGUUUGGAUAAUUCAGAAAGAAUCCCAAAUUUUCCCUUUGACAUUGCAUAAAUAUCUAUUUAAACUAUCCUGGACACAUCUGUUCAGAUUUGGUGGAGACUGUUUAACGGAUCGACAGUUGUACAUCCAACAUCUGCCAUCUUCACCAAACUGCAUUGACUCAGUUGUCUGCUGUGUCUUGACACAAAUCAAUAAAUAUCUGAAGCGAGAAGCAUCUCAUAUAAACUCAGUGAUUAAAGCUAUAUUAUUUGGCACAAUAGUUGCCCACUCAUCUCUCCUUGCCAGCCAAGCAUUGGGAAGUAGUGGCCUUGAUCACUGGUAUCCCUUUGAUAAUCACCUGUUGGAGGAAGCUCUUCAGAUUUUACUGCAGCAUGUGCAGCCAGUGGCUUUCCAGACCUCAGUCAAACCGUCCAACCCAUACCAGCAUGGAAAACAGACGUUAAUCAAUGAUGAUGAUGAUGAUGACAGUAAAGCAGCACUCUUGAAAUCUCUACAAAUUGUUCCUGAGCUGUACCAAUUAUUGGUAGUGAAAGAAUCAGACAGAAAAUAUAUAAAAAUUCUUAUAAAUGAUGUGUUGCAUCAGGUAGUUCACAGGCCGAUGUCAGAUAUUGUUGUUGCAGGAUAUAUCAUCCCUGUUGCUCCAGCUAAUGUUGAAUUAUGUAAUUAUGUGAGAUGGUUCCAGAACAGGAUGAAAGAAACCAAUUUCUCAGACAACCAUCACUUUCCUCAUUGCAUCUCAAGGGAUAUCGACACAUUCAGAAACAAUAUCUUUUUUCACAAAAUGAAUGUUGUUUAUGACAAACAAGGAAUGGAAGAAUUAUGCAAGGUUGGAAUAUGUCAAGAUUUGACAAGUCCAAACUUAUGGUCAAGCCUUGAACUUUGUACAGAAAAACUACCAUCAUGUUUAGAUUUACCAGAUAUACAUUUUAAUCCAAAAGUCAGAACAGGAUUUCAGGAUUCAUCAAACUAUGAUAUUCAGAACUAUUCCAAUGUUUUAUGGGCAUUAUGGCAGGAAUGUUUGAACCUUAAUACACUGCUAUUAAAAGUGCAUAGAGACGUUAAAUACAUCAAAGAGAAUUUCCCAGAAGUUUUAAACAAAAAUCCAAGCUUACAAGGAACUAUAGAAUGUCUAAAGCAACACCAAGUUUCAACAUCAUGGUUGUAUUCUAACUGGAGGAGUUCACCGCAGAUCCUUACCACUUGGCUUGACGAUUUAAAUCGCCAACAUCAUCAGCUCGGAAUCUUCCUUGAUAAGUUAUCUGGGGCUGAUAUUUCUAACUGGAGUAUUAAAGCUAUGCCACUAUGGCUUGGAGGAAUGGCCAAUCCCGAGACUUUAUUAACAGCAGUGAAAACUGAUUUCUGUUUCCUUCAUAAAUAUUCCUUAGACUUGGUUGAAUUGUGUUUUGAUGUAGUUGAAAUGGUUCAAGAAGCAAAUUGGACUUUAGUCCUCACUGACUUAUUCCUGUAUGGGGCAGAUUGGGACUAUAAGGAGCAUUGCUUACAAGUUGGAAGCUUUCAAGGACAUCAUAUCCCAUUGGCUGUUUUGAAUAUUAAACUGAAGACUGAAUCAAAUAUCUCAUCACAUUUAUAUGACAUGGCAAUCUAUAACUGUCCAAUAUAUAUAAAUACUAAGUUGAAUGCUUGA